AUGAAACUGGAACAUUGGUGGAAUUAUGAGGAAGGCGUGGCAGGAGAGCCGCAAGCCAACCGGGAAGAUCCGUGGGCCGACGAGACACAACUCGGACUGGGUCUUCGACUCGCAGGGGCCAGGGAGAUCCCGGAGUCUUCCAUUGUGCGCGCCCCUCCGCUCCCUCCCCUCCCGUCUCCUCCCCUCCCUUCCCCGCCCCCGCCGGAGUCCGAGCCCGAGCCCUCGCAGCUCCGGGCCGCAGCGCCCGUCGCCGUCAGAACCUCUCAUUUGCCCAAGUGGUUACCAGUAACUCAAGAACUGAGCUUCCAAAAAUUUAUUGAACAGUCUGACUUACUAGAAGAACUUAAAUAUGACUUCAAUGAAAAAGCUGAAUUGAGACACAUUGAGACGCAUAGGCCUUUCAUCUUUAACUAUUAUAAAAAUGUCCUGGAGAGGAAUAGCAAGCGCUACCAGGCCCUGGGCCAUUUGCUUGAACAAUACAUUUAUGUACUUUUGGAGAAAGUGUGCAAAUUACAAAGAGUAUAUAUCCCACCAGAGGCAGAUAAGGAACCAAGAAGCUUCUUUUUCAUGAGUGAGAGAGCUUUAACAGAUCAUCAUUCUGCUCUUCUUGUCGUUCUUCAAGAUCAUGGGGUCUUUAGAGCUGGUCAGUGGAGUCAACAGGCAAUAAUUCAUCAUGGUCUCCAACAUGGAAGUCAGAUACCAUGUAUUCAGAUGGCAUUGCAGGCACAUUAUGAUGUAAUUGUGCUAAAUCCCAAUGACAAUUCUGUGGACCUAAAGACAGAAAAAGAGUGGAAGGGCCUUUUAACACCAAAUGUUGAGUCCUCUUCCAGAGAAAUGGUUCAGGCUGAGAGCCUUUUCUCUCUCCAGCAGUCUCUCCAGUGCCUUCCAAAAAGAUGCAGCAACUCCCCUGAAGAACACAUGGCUUACAUUUGGGAUUACUUCAUUUCAAAGACUGAAGGCAAGGAUGUUGCCUUCAUUGUACAUGGUUAUGGAGGCUUGGUUUUUAUGGACUUGCUCGUACGUAGAAAGUGGGAAGUGAUGAGCAAAGUAUAUGCUGUUGCACUUAUUGACUCUGAACAUCACAUAGGACACCAACUGGGGAAUGACAUCCAGUUAUUAGCAUGGAUCAAGCACCACUGCUGUGAAUGGGUGACGAGUCCGAAGACUCUGGAUAAACCUGUAGCUACCAUUUUGAAAAAGGAGUUUCCUAUGGUUUCUGCUGGUACAGAAGAACACAACUUAGCCCCUUCCUUUAGCCUUCAGUCAAUUUUUAAAUACUUUAGAAAAGCUUUAAGAGCCAAAAAAGCUGUUAAUUUAUCUCGAAUGCCAAUAGUAACUAGAAGCUCCACAAAAAGAAAGCAAAGUGCUUAACUUACUUUUUUGUCAUCUAAGAUUUUUUUUUGUCCCGUGGAGAAACUUUGCUAAUGUAGAAGAAAAAGAACACUUCCAGCUCAUAUGCAAUAUUAUGUUCUUGUUUGAAAUUUGAUUUGUUACUUUUUAAAAACAUGAAUAUGUUCUCUUUUGUAGCCUAUGAACCAGGAAGUCAGUCAAUACCAUCAUUAAUAUUUUACACGUUAAGAGUAGUAAAGUUAGAGAAUCUUCUAUUGAAAAGAUUUCUUACAGUUUAAUAGAAUGACAUCAAAACUGUACUUGAUAGGAAUUACAUAUUAAGUCAAUAUUUGAUUUACAUUAUUGAUGCCAUAUUAAAAUAAGUGAACAUAAAAAUUAAACAUUAGCGAACUCCAUUCUUUAUUUUUUUUUAAGUUUGGUCUUGUGUGUGUGUGUUUACUCAUA